AUGACAGCUCCGGAAGUCUCUCACGGCCGCGGUGGCGCUGGCAAUAUCAACCCGGACGACACGAAAUAUGUUGAUGGCGAAGUCGUUCGUGUUGGGGAGGUGGGCAGCCACGGAGACGGAGCAUUCAGCACUGGUCGUGGAGGCGCAGCCAACAUCGCCGACGCGGGUGUCAAGCAGUCCGCGCGCGCGGACAAGGACCUGAUUCCUGAGGCCGCUAUCCGCCCGAGCACCGAAAACACAGACUAUCACACAGGCCGAGGUGGGGCGGGCAAUGAGUACGUUGCCAAAAAGGACAAGCCGGCGGAAGGGGGGAAGCCCGCGGCGCCGGUCGGCCUGGCGGAUAAGUUGAAGAGGAGGAUCUUGGGUGCUUUCAGUAAGAAGUGA